AUAUAUUCAAUAUGAAAUCGCUUUUCUCUCUGUGCCUGCUGCUCGGACUGGCUUUAAGCCAAGUUAGUGCUAGUUGCCCGGAAAGCUGUCCUGAUACGGAGGAUGUGGUGUGGGCCCUUGGAGGCGGAUGCAAUGUUUUUCGCAAUAAAUGCUACUUCGACAAGGCGAACUGUAAUCCAGAUUAUGAGUUGACCAUCACAACAAAGGAGGAGUGCCAAAAGCUGUGCGCCGAUGCUUGUCCUGCAGUUUAUCAACCCACAGGUGGGAUUUAUAAGGGUCAGGUGCGGAAUUUUGGCAAUGAGUGCGAGAAGAUCAUUCACACUUGUCGAACGGGCGAAACUUUCGUAUAGGGCUAAAUACUUUUAUAACUGACAGUCCUACACAAAGAAUGCAAAUAUAGAGAUUUUCUAGUUCUUGCCCUUUUUUCUUUAUGUAUAAUUUGGGUAAG